AUGUCUACCACUGCCAAUCCAUUAUUAGCUGAAAUCAACAAAGGUACUGACUUAAAACACGCUGAAACCCAAGAUAAGAGUGCCCCAAUAAUUGAAAACGUUCCAAUCAAAAAGAAUGAUCACUCUUCUUUACUUGGUGAAGUUGAAAAAGGUGCUCAAUUAAAACAUGUUGAAACUCAAGAUCGUUCAGCUCCAGUCACUGAAGGUGCCACCGUCAAAUCCAACAACCACUCUGCUUUAUUAGGCGAAAUCAAAUCAAAAGCUCAAGAAUAA